UUUAAAAGUUAACUCUGUGUUAACAUAUGCUGUUUUUUUGCUUUAAAAUAUACUAUGAUUUUGAACAGAUGUGGUAGAACGUGGGCAGUGACCAUAAAAUCGAUUUCUCGUUGUGUCUAUACGAAAUGAAAAGCUGUAUUUCUUUCAAAAUUACUUUGCCGCGUCAUUUUAUCUUACAAAGCAUCGGUUAAUUCUAGGCACAUCAGAUGUUAUACUAUUAGAAAUCGAAGUCAGAUUUAAAUUCUACUCAUCAGUGAUGGCUCGAGAAAAAAUGUUUGAACCUGCAUUUCAAAAAGCUUUUACUGAAGCUAUUCAUAAAGAAAAUAAAAUACGCGUACAGUGGCACUUAGUGCAUGGCCGGAAACCCACCGAAGAGUCGUGUCUCUGGGAUGAUGAACCAGAUGACGAUGAUGAAGACUUUGUUCCAGAAAAAGAGACUGAACCAGUUAGCGAAGCAUCUUCAGAAAUCAAGAGGCAGUUGCCACCCAUUCUCGAAGACGAGACACCAGAAAUCGUUGAACUUCCGAAACCUAUGAAACCUGUUCCAACUAAAGUGAAAAGGCGCCUUUAUAAAGGUCUGAGUCACUAUGGCGCAGGAAGAGCUGACUAUCUGAGGGAACGCUACAAAGAGUUACCAGAACAGAAAUUCUAUUUUCCCAUCUGUUCAUCUUGGGAAUACGGAUGGACAUACGGGCAAGAACAUGUUCUGGAAGGACCAACGCAUGGUCGCAGACAAAUAAUACGGACAUCGUUCUUUCGUCCGAAUGAUCCUCAACUUAAACCCCGGGACUGAUGAAGGAACAGCUUAUGAGAAUUUACGCUUUUGUAUCUAUUUAAAAACCUCGGAUAUUCCUUUACUUUAACAUGCCAUUGAUGUAGACAAAUCCAUAUCCUCGUACAUGAGAUGCAGCUUAAAUUUUAAAAGGAAUGUUUCAUCAGUAAUUUUUUUGGAUUAUCCCAAUUGUCUUUCAUAAUUUCCAUUAAUUCGACACUUAAUUAAACUUUAUUCUUUUCACAUAAACGGAUUUGUUUAAUAUUAUGUGCGGAGCCGGGACAAGGGGGAAGCAAACUUGUCUUGUCUCAGGUGAACAUUUCGAAGGAGCGCUAAAUAGCUAUAGAAGUUUAAAAAUUCAUUUUAAAAAUAAAUUAUGAUUAUUAACUUUAGAAUACAUCAAGACGUAUCAAAAGAAUUGUGUGAUCUGCAAAAGAUUUCUCUGCGUAAUGCACUCAGAGAAAAAUUAAUCAAAUAAAUUUAUUCUAAAAUGUGCUGAAUACUGUAGAGCAGGAGUUCUCCACCGGUGGUACGCAAGAGAAAAAUAUGUGGUACGCAAAGAAGCAAAGUAUUUUUAACUAUUAAAUUCAAAAAUUAAAACCCCAACAUCCUGAUUGA